AUGGCCAACUACGGUCUCGCACAGAACCGGCUCUGUUUCCUCCUUUCCAUCGCAACAGUGGUUUCUGGGCUGUCAAUCGAAAACCACACAUCCUCUUUUACCUGCCGUUGCAUGCCACAAGACGCCUGCUGGCCUAGGGAUUAUAUAUGGGCGAGAUUCAACGAGACAGUAGACGGCAAGUUGAUUGCGACUGUCCCAAUCGCCAGCGUCUGUCACAUCGACUCGUUCACCCCGUACGAUCAAUCGCAAUGCGCACAACUCCAGUCCAACUGGGGAUUCCCAGCUACACAUUAUGAACAUCCCUCGUCUGUCAUGGCCCCCAUCUUCACGAAUUCAAGCUGCAAUCCCUUCUCAUCAAAAACCUCACCUUGCACGAUCGGUAACUACGUUCAGUACGCUGUGAACGCGACCAAUGCCGUACACAUCCAGGAAACAAUGAAAUUUGCAGCUCGUCACAACCUCCGCCUCGUCAUCCGUAAUACUGGACAUGACCUGCUCGGAAAGUCCACUGGAGCUGGAGGGCUGGCGAUCUGGACGCAUAACAUGAAACAUAUAUCUAUCAUGGACUACGAUUCGUUAUACUAUUCUGGCAAGGCGAUAAAAGUGGGUGCUGGAGUCCAAUCCUUUGAAGGUAGCGACGCGGCUUAUAGUGCUGGACUAGCUAUCGUGAGUGGCAGCUGUCCAACGAUCGGGUUAGCUGGGGGAUAUUCGCAAGGCGGCGGACAUAGCCAACUGGCAUCCUAUGUGGGCCUCGCUGCUGAUCAGGUUCUGGAAUGGGAAGUCGUUCUUGCGAAUGGCGAGUUGGUAACUGCGUCGCCAACAAACUAUACAGAUCUAUACUGGGCGCUGUCUGGUGGAGGUGGAGGGACCUAUGGUGUUGUUGUGUCCAUGACAAGUAAGGCUUACCCUGAGCUGCCCACGGCAUCCGGUAACCUUUCAUUCUUCGACACAGGUGUAUCGCGCGAUACAUUCUUUACAGCAGUUGAGAUGUUCAUAUUCAUUCUUCCCUCGAUCGGAGAUGCUGGAGGAGCCACAACGACGCCGACCACCAUUCCAGGUGGGACAGCGACGCAGUUCCGUUCUAUAUUUAGCCCGUUGAUUGCAUUCCUCGAACAAAACAAUAUCCAGCACACAUAUUAUGUGGAUGACUUUCCUACAUACUACGACGCGUUUCAGAUGAUGAGCCCACCGGACAACAUAACUGAUCAACUUCUUGGCGGUCGACUGAUCCCAAGAACGGUAGUCGAGCGGAGCCUGCAAGACCUCACCACUAUAUUCCGUAAAAUUGUCGAAAGAAACGCCGGAUUUCUCAUUUCGGGAAUCAUGGUCAACUCGUCCCGAGUGGCAUAUCCCGAUAACAGUGUUAACCCAGCCUGGCGAGAUGCCCUGAUGGAUGUUGUUAUUGGGGGGAUGUUCGACUAUAGCGACUGGGAUAGCAAUGUCGCUAGCCAGCAGCUCAUCACCGAUGUCCUUAUGCCCCCGCUGGAAGCACUGACACCUGGAAGCGGUGCAUAUUUAAAUGAAGCAGAUCCUAAUCAGAGGGAUUGGCAGCAUACAUUCUAUGGGGAUAAGUAUGACAGCUUACUAGAUAUUAAGAGGAAGUAUGAUCCUGACAGAAGUUUCUACGCCCUUAAGGCCGUGGGUAGUGAGGCUUGGACUGUGACGGAGGAUGGGCACUUGUGUAAUUUGCAAGUGUAUCAGAGUGGAUGA